AAUCAUUGUGUUCAACUGAAAAUUAAAUACCAAAGUGGCGAAAUGUUGAAAAAAGCCAUACUAAUGAUAAUGUCGGCUACUUUAGUGCCUCUAUAUCUAGCUCUAACAGCUUGCACUUUAGUAUUCAUUUUAUACAUAAAAAAAUAUUACAAAUACUGGGAAAAACGUAACGUUCCUAUAGAGAGCAAUUUCAUUCUAGCCAACAAUACUUACAGUGUUUUCUCGGGAAAACUACAUUUUGGAAGAUUUUUGAUGAAACUAUAUCAAUCACACCCAGAGGAUCCAUAUUUUGGAUUUUAUAUAUUGGGCAAGCCUUAUCUUUUCAUUAGAUGUCCAAACGUAAUAAAAAAAAUAUGUAAAGAUCAUCAAUAUUUUCAAGAUAGAAGUUUUUUCUGUGAUGAAAAAGUGAAUCCGUUGGCGAAAUCUGUUUUUGUUGCUAAAAAUCCUGGUUGGAGAGAUUCCAGACACAAACUCAACACUCUGUUUUCGCCAGCAAAAUUUAAAGCUAUGGUACCCAUGAUUCUAUCGCACUGUGAAAAAAUGAAUAGUUUUUUGGAAGGAUAUGACAAUCAAAUUAUUGAUGUACAAGAAACUGCCGAAAAUUUUGUGACUAAUGUGCUGCCUCAUAUAUUUCUUGGAAUAGAUAGCAAAUGUGAAUAUAAUACAAAUGAUAAUAUAAUAAAAGGAGCUCUGAAAAAUGUGUUUGGCAAGGGAUGGUACCAAGGAGUAGCAUUUUUCGUUUAUGGAUUUGCGCCAAAGCUUGUUGGAGUUUUGAAAAUUUCUAUUUUACACGACGAUUUUAUUAAAACAAUUGUUGAAGACGUUAUAAAAAGCUAUUAUGAUACUAGAGAUAUACGAGGAACUAGAGUAAUUGAUACGCUUGCGAAAACUAGUAAUAACAUUAAUCAGAAAACAAAGGACUUCUUUGACGAAAAUUGGUUAGUAGCUCAAUCGGCAACUUUAGCUCUAGCAGCUUUCAUACCUACCUCUUCAUUUUUUGCUCUUAGUUUAUAUGAGCUAAGCUUUAACCAAGAAUUUCAAGAAAAACUUAGAGAAGAAAUUUUUGAAUUCAUAACUGACAAAAAUUUCGAUAGAAUAUAUGAAAGUAUCAUGAAUAUGAAAUAUCUAAAUAUGCUUGUUGCAGAAAUCCUAAGGGUUUAUCCUCUGGGUGAUUUUGUGAACAGAAGUUGCAACAAAGACUAUGACAUAAAAGAAACUGGUUUAAAAAUUGAACAGGGAACCCCUAUUAUGAUCUCUAUAUCUGCCAUACACACUGAUCCAAAAUUUUAUCCUGAUCCAUUGAAGUUUGAUCCUGGAAGAUUUAAAAAUGGAACUAAAGAAUUCGAAAGUGCUGGAGUGUAUUUUCCUUUUGGAAUUGGUCAGAGAAGAUGUGUGGGUGAAAGAUUUGCUCUAAUAGUCGUUAAAAUUGCCCUAGUCGAGGUGUUAAGCAAAUUUAGAUUUGAGCCCUGUAAUGAAACAGAAAGACCAAUCGUUUUUGAUUGUCAAGUGAUAAAUACUUGUCCCCUAAAUGGAGUGAAAUUGCGUAUACAUAAGUUGUAACAUUUUAUGUAUUUAUAUUUUUACUUCUAUAUAUAUGUUUUGUCUGCUUUUUCAUCUCCACAUGGAGCAUCUAAUUUAAUUUUCCUGCCAAAAAGGAAAACGGAAAACGUCGUAGAAUUGUGUCAGUUUCCGUUUCUUUAAAAUGUGUGCAAAUUGACAUAUAGCAACUUAUUGGACUAUCAUUAUGUCGUGUAUAUUUUGCAUAACUUUUAAAAUUUGUAUUUGACGAGGUAUUGCUAAAUCUGUUAAUAAACAGUUAAUUUUAAUCUUCCGCUCAGACAAACCGGUUGCAAACUGAAAAUGACAUUUAUAAAUGGCCUAAAUUAUAUCUGUUGAAGAUUGCAUAACUUUUGUAAUCGUUUCCUAGAAGGUAUUACUAAUUGCUCAAAAAUUAAUAUUAAACAAUGUUCCGUCUUUGAAUGCAUCUUCUACUAAUCAAAUUUAAGAAGAUUUCAUCAACAAAGCACGAAGGACUGUUCUCGUGGAAGUUGACUUAAAGCUUUGAUUGCGCUGUUGCCAGUGACGUGUAAAUGUAGCGCGUCGUGAGAGGAAAAAUUAACACUGAUGUGCG